ACAGGUAACAUGGCCGCUUUCAUAACCAUUUCGUAUUUGACUUGUCUGUAGCUGGUUUGGUCAUUUAUAGCCUUAUUUCUUGCUUCAUACUUCGCUUGAACCUGCUCGAAUGAAAGUUCUACAGAAUGCCCAAAUAUUACGAGGAUAAAGAGGAAGAUGGCCGCGCCUGCGCUGGGAUUAGGGAGGAUUUUACAGCCUGUCUCCUCCAGCAUGACUGUGUAGUGAAGGAAGGCAAGAAGCCCAGUGAGUGUCUGAAGGAAGGACAUUGUAAAGGCUUGCAGGUGGCUUUCUUUGAGUGCAAGAGAUCUAUGGUCAGUACAUCUGCUGAUACAUUACAAAUCUGGACACCCGAUCUCGAUUCAGAGGCAGAAAGGCAUACUGAUUAACAGCCACCAUGUGUUUUUUUGUGAAGAAUCUAAACAUCAUGAGGUGCCAAGACAAGAAUGAAAGCUCUCGACUUAUAAAUACCAAGCUUUUUAAGCGAAUUUGUGCUCUACAAUACAAUUGCACUUGCCAGACUCCUGAUGGCCAUUUGGGAACAAGAUGUAUAAUAAAUGUAAAAUAACUGUAUUUUCAAUUCUGAAAAAUGUCUCUUCCAAUCACUGGAACCAAAAAAGAAAAAAAAAAAAAAAAAAAGAACAAUAAUCACAACAUUAUUAGUUUGAGGGUUUAUUUAUCAAAAAAAGCUUAAGAUGUACUUAACUACUGUAAGACUACUCUUAAACAGAUUGACUGUUAAAGCACUUCAUUAAAGAUGCCUGGACUGUGUAUAAAGAUGUUUAUAAAAGUAUAGUAAUAAAAUGUAAUUAUAGACAUGA